UUUUGAUGAUUCUGAAUUCACAUAUCCAACUAACUACAAAAGACUAUAUAAUAUUUAAUUUGAUAUGAAACAGUGUUAAAAAUUCUAUUAUUUUAUUUUAUAAUAACGACAAUCACAAACCUAUUUAUAUUUUUUGCCAACAAAUUUUAAGAUAAAAAAAAAAAAUAAAAAGCAAAAGGAUGGGAUAGUAAUUAGAAGCCCAAUCCACUUCCUUGAGAAGAAGCCCAAACAUAGACAUUUUUUUUUUUACAAUUACUUAAAAUCCUAUGGUUCAAAAAAUAAAAUUAAAAUCCUACCACAAAUCUCAGCAGUUCCAUACAAAAAUUGCAGCUGCUGCCGGUAAACGCAUUUGGAUUGGAAUCGAACUCAACUGGCCGGGGAAACGCAGGCGGAGUUGAUCGUAAACCGCCAUUAACAGCACUCACUUGAGGAUUUAAUGAGUGGUGGUUCUGCAUCUAGUAACUUAAGGACAGCUCUUUCUCAUUGCGUCCAACAAGUGCGAAGUUAUGAUUAUCAUCACUAUCUUUGCCUUCUUGAACUGCCUCCAUCUAUACGGAAGGCUGCAUUUACACUCCGUGCCUUGAAUGUCGAAACAGCUAGAGCUAUGGAUGUUGCUUCAGAUCCCAGGAUCGGCCUUAUGCGCCUUGUGUGGUGGCAGGAAGCCAUAGAUAAAAUGUUUGCCAAUAAAUUGAUUGAACACCCAACAGCACUGGCCCUGUCAAGCGUGAUAGCAGAGACCAAAAUUAGUAAGACAUGGUUGAAACGAUCUGUUGAAGCCCGGAUCAACGAUGCAAGAAGAGAGGCUACAGACAUUCCCGAAACAAUGGAAGAAUUGGAGAAAUAUGCUGAAGACACUGUAUCUACUAUGCUGUACUUGACACUUCAAGCUGGUGGUAUCAUGUCUACUGCAGCUGACCAUGCAGCCUCACAUAUUGGCAAGGCUAGUGGUAUUCUGUUGCUCCUUAAAUCACUGCCUUAUCAUGCUGGUCACAACCGGCAUUUUUCUUACAUACCAAGAGCAAUAGCAUCCAAGCACGGGUUGAUAGUUAAGCAGGAAGGUCAAGGAGAGAGAUGGCUGGAUUCUCGUGAGGGUCUUUGUGAAGCAGUUUAUGAAAUGGCAUCAGUUGCCAAUGCACACUUACAAAAGGCACGAAAAAUAGCCAAGAGUGUGCCUGCUGAGGCUCUCCCAGUGCUCCUGCCAGCUCUGCCUGCUCAGGUUCUCUUGGAUUCUCUACGUCGGGUGCAAUUUGAUGUGUUUGAUCCGAGGCUAGCACGAGGGGUGCUGGGAAUACCACCUUUGUGGUACCAGCUUCAACUCAAGUGGACUUCAUGGAGAAGGAAAUACUAAACUAGUUUUGUUACCUCAUAAAACACUUGGGGCUCCAGAAGUUUUUCCUAUGUAUUAGUGUGUAUUUUGUUUAAUAAGUAUUGGGCCACAUAACGGAAACUAGAUUCUAGAAUGCACUAAUUGUGGUAUGUAAUGUAUCAUUUUUAAUUGAAGCCUGGGUCUUUUAAAGGCUAACCUUACUGGAUUUGAGUGUACUUACCAUGAUUUUGUGGUCAAAACUUAAAAGGAAACUUAGAAUGAUUUUA